AUGUCUUGUGUUGAUGCUCUUUUUGGGAAGGUCAACUUAGAGAAGAGUGUAGAGUCUUCAGCAGAGGAGAAGGCGAGGACCUUUGGAGUUGGGAGAACCUGCAGAAGACAAGGAGGAAGAAGCAGUCGUCAAGCUUCGGACACCGAUGUGGUGCUUGUCGAAGGCUCUCCGAUGCUUAAAUUAAGUUCGACAGUUGAGAGCUUCGACAGGUGGCUGCAGCUUCGAAAGAGUGUCUUCCUUUGGCAAGGAAGAAGGGCCUCCGCCCAGAGUCGGCGAAAUCGAGGAAUCGGACCCGAAAUCCGACAAGUCAUCCCGGAACCCGAGUCCGAAUCUGAACACCGCGAGGACGAAGGUUCCAGAGGUGGAGGUCUACUUGUAUGGGCGAGGAAAAGGCCCGAUCGACACGUUCAGAACGAGCCUCGGGGGUUGGGACCAGAACCAGUUGGAGGUCCGAGACAUUCCCGACAAGUAGCUUCAAAUCGCUUUACUCUUUCAAUACCGGGUCGAGUCGCGGCGUUCCGAUCUGGUGUAACCCCAGGAACGGCAGGUCUAUGCUGGCUUAUAAAGAUGGAUCUACGGUUCACAUUGACGGAGAGCCCAAGGUACAUUGUUUGUGCAAAUAAUCUCACGAGAGAAUAUUCGCUUCUAGAUCCUUCAACCUUCGAUCUUCCUUCUCUCUCUUCCUCGAUUCCUGUAAAACAGAUUGGAGUAAAUAGACCACACCCGGUGGGUGUUGGCCAAAGGCCCUCCGAUGCCUAA